AUGCUCGAGCGCCGGCCAACGAGGAGAGAGCGCAUCUGGUCUGCGGUGUUGUCGAUUCGGUCGAUACUCGAUACAAUACUGUUGUUGGUUAUUCUAGGACUAGUGUUAGACCGCCACGGGGAGAAGCCGCGAUCGUUCGAGCUCAACGGCGACAUCACGGGAUUCGCACCUCCAAUAUCAAAACAGAUCAAAAGAUUCAAACUCGAUCAUAAGUUUGUUCCCGAGGAGAUGGCUGAUUUCUUCACGGAGGAUGUACAAUCGAACUGGCUUAGCAUUGUUCCACGAGGACUGGGAUUCAUCACAAUCAACGACACGCAGCCCUACAACUACCUGCCUACUCCAGUCAAAUUCUACCCGGAUACAACCUUCUCGACAUCGGUAACUCACCAGCUCCACUGCCUGCACAGCAUCAUUGAGCUGGUGGCGGCGUAUCAGUCGAACCAAACCGACAAGCUUUCGCACACGCAACCGUGGCACAUCAGUCACUGCCUCGAUUAUCUCCGGCAGAGCAUCAUGUGUUGCGGAGAUAUGGCCUUGGAGGGACAGCAUACGACUUUCCCGGCCAGCUUUGUCGGCACCGACGGGUGGGACGCGACACACGUGUGCAGGGAUUACAGCCAGGUCUUGGAACAUCUUGAGAGGCAUCGGGCAGACAACGAAGUGUGGAUUUAG